GUGGUGCACGUACGCGUCGUCUGAAAUGGAAAUGGCUGAAUUAGCAGAAGAGAGCCGUUGUUAAAGGACGAAAAUAUCACCGCCAGACGAUCGGAUAACGCUCUCUUCUCGCUGAUCGGUCAAUGUUUUCUUUAUUUAAGUACAAGCUUUAACGAUAUAAACCACUUGGUUUUAACCAAACCUCUUCCGUAUUAUUCUUAUUAUUUAAAUGAUUUAUUGCCGAUGAUGAUCUUUUGAAAACCGAAUUGAAUUUAUUGAAAAAUGGGCGUGGAUGACAAUCAGAUAAAAGAAUCGAAGCAUCGUUUGAAGCAACGUUUUGUAGUUUUAAGGAAACUUGGACACGGAACUUAUGGCAAAGUUCAGUUGGCUGUUAAUAAAGAUACUGGACAAGAGGUUGCAAUUAAGACAAUUAAGAAAGCUAAAAUAGAAAAUGAACAAGAUUUGGUAAGAAUUCGCCGAGAAAUUCAAAUUAUGUCUUAUGUUCAACAUCCUCACAUAAUACAUAUACAUGAAGUAUUUGAAAAUAAGGAAAAAAUAGUCUUGGUGAUGCAAUAUGCUAGUGGUGGUGAAAUGUAUGAUUACUUGAAAAGUAGGAAAUCGCUUCCUGAAGCCGAAGCUCGUAGGAUAUUUCGACAAAUUGUGUCGGCCAUUUACUAUUGCCACAAGAAUAGAAUAUGCCAUAGAGAUUUAAAAUUAGAAAAUAUAUUAUUAGAUGAAAAAGGAAAUGCAAAGAUUGCAGAUUUUGGUUUAUCAAAUAUAUUUUCUGAAAACAAUUUUCUACAUACGUUUUGUGGAAGUCCUCUUUAUGCGUCUCCUGAAAUUGUCAGAGGGAAACCAUACUACGGUCCUGAGGUUGAUUGUUGGAGUCUGGGAGUUCUUUUGUAUACAUUUAUAUACGGAGCAAUGCCAUUCGACGGAAGUAAUUUUAGAGGAUUAGUUAAGCAAAUUUCAGAAGGAGAUUAUUACGAGCCCAAGAAGAAAUCUGAUGCAUCUGGGUUAAUACGUGAUCUCUUGACAGUUCAGUCAACAAAACGUGCCACUAUACUCGACACGUGUAAUCAUUGGUGGGUUAAUUUAGGUUACGAACAUUCGUUAUUGCAAGUAGCAGAAGACAUGGCUAAUUUUUCACCGGUAAAUAUGGAUGCUCUUUUAAACGUGCCAUAUUUAAAAACUUCCGAAGAAAGUAAGUCGGAGACGAGAAAGAUACCAAAUAAUUUAAAACUGUGUUGUUCUAACCAAAAUAAAGCUAUCGAAGGAGAAAAAGACGGAAAAAAUGAAACCCUUCCAAAUAAAAAUAAGGCAGAAAGAUCUGGUAAUUUAAUAAACAGUAACAGUAUAUCGUGUUCCGACGAUAGUCUAAUGCUAAAUGAUUUAGAAUCUCCUAAUGUGAUCACUCCCGACGAAUGCUCCCGUUCAUCGGCCGAUAAAAGUUUUCUGUUUUCUGGAAGUAACGUGAGGAAGCAGGUUGGAAAAACUACAGAAAAUAAUUUAACCGUAAUUAGAAAAUCAAAAGAAACGAGUAUUAAUUCGGUACAAGAUAAUUUAACUCAAAAUAAACCAAUUGUGACAGAUACCAUUAACAGGAGAAGACGAAUAAAUGCGGAAAGUUCUCUCAACGAAAAUGCAAGCAAUAAAAACGAUUCGACUAAAGACGACGUCAUUUCUUACGAAUCAAAAGAAGAAGUAGUUACAACUUUCUGCAUUAAACUGAGACCGAGAAAACCAAGUUUGGAUUACAAGAUCCCCGAAAAGUCAGACGAACAGACGGAUGCUAAAAAUAAGGAAAAUAACAAAUUACAAGAAUUGCCCACUGCUAAUGAGAAUAACAAAGAGCAAAGUAGAGAUGUAAACGAGUGUGUGACUAUAUUAUUAGAUAAUAAAAAUGCAAAGGACGUAACGAAAGAAUGUGAUAAUUCAAAAUGUUUGGAAGUAAAAACAGAAUCAACUACCGAUAGUAAAAACGAAAGUAAUGACGUAAAAAACAAGGAAAAGAAUAAUUCUUCAGAAAAUGAAAGAUCUUCAGAUAGCAUAAAAACUGAAGAUAGCGUGGAAAAUAAUAUUUCACAAAAGAAAAAUUUCAUACAGAAUGCCGUCGAAAAAAUGGAAGGAGAAAUUAGUCAAGAUUCAAAAACAAAAGAUUCAGAAGAUAGUAAAAAGGCACCCGCGAAGAAAGGUCCCGGUAAACUUGUUAUUCCAAAAUUCUUUGAAUCUUCACAGUCGACGAAAGGAGCGGAUACAAAGAAAGUAAAUAUACCAAGUUGGGCCGUAUCGGACGUAAAGAAAACUUUCGAAACUAAAACUCAGGAGAAGAAACCGGUGUUUAUUCCAACUCGCAGGGUGUCCGACGCCAGAAGUAAGUUCGAGCAGAAAAUCGAAUCGAAUGCGUACACGACCCUGCCGAGAAGAGCAUCCAAACAAGGCGCCGGUUUAAGGGAGGAAAUAAACGAACAGAGACGAAGAAGCGAUACUAACGAUUGCAUUUCGAAAGAAACCGAAGAAAUAAAAUCUGACGUUCAAGAAAAUUCAGAAAAUGGAAUAAAAAAAACUUCAAAUUCAGAAAAUGACGACGAUAUAAAAACUGAAAGUAAUCGUAAGACGUGCAUUGAAAAUCAGGAGAAUUCCACCGUAAUUUUGAAAAAUGAAAAUUUGGAAACUUUAAACUUAAAUCCUAAUCUGUCUUCGGAAAGUUUAAAAAAAGAAAACCGUUCGAGUAAGUUAACUGCCGAAUCUGUUGUUUCAGAAAAUUCUUCUGCUACCCAAGAUCAAAAAUUUGAUAAUGUAUCAAAUGAACAUGAUGAUGAUAAAUUAUCGUCUGAUGUAAAGAAAACUCCAAACGAUCCCGUUCUUCCGAUAUCUUCUCCCGUUCUCGAAGCACCUUCAUCGACAUCUGAAUUUGAUUCCAAUAUUCCAAACACAAAUUCAGAAAAAACUAACACGUCGGACAAAAUUCUCGAUACAAAUUGUAAUGGGGAUCAAGAAAAACCGCAAGUAAAGAGCACUAAAGAAAAUGACGAUAAAGUAAAAACCAACAAAUUUGUCUCCAACAUCAGCUCAGGAAAUAAUUGUAACGACAAGGAAAAGACAAAAAUUGACGUGGGAUUAAAAUCGAUGGCUGGAAAAACUGAAAAAGUGUCGGUUGAAGAAAAUAAACGUGAAAAAUCGUUAGAAUUAACGUCUCUUGCACAGAAACAGCUUGCCAGUAAAGAAUCGCAUCAGGUGGAAAGUAAAAUAGAAACUUGCGCGCCGAAAGAAAGUAAAAGCGCAUCGCAUUCAAAAAGAAGAAAUUCAGAUUUCUCGUCGUUAUCUCAUUCUUCCGAAAAAUACAAUACGCUCGGAUUACGAGACAUCCACGAUCUUCCGGAAAGCUGCUAUAACGACAUGCUUCAGUUUCUUCAUUCCAGAAGUCCCAGUCGUAACAGAUACGCCACGUCUUUCAUUUCUAGACAAAAGCAAACUAAACACUCGCUAAAUACGGAUCAUCAAAAUAGAAUUCGUAAUUGGCUUAAAUCCGAACAAGUAAACGGACAUUCGACCGAUAAGGAUUCUUCCGAUAACGACGAAGAUUUUGAUAUUCAUUUCGAUUAUAAUUAUCCUUCGUCCACCAAUUCUAACGUGUCGUCUCGAGCUCGUAAAAUAGAGGAUAAUUCCGCUAAUCCGGUCAACAAGUAUCCGAAAACGAUGCGAUCCAUUAGCCAAAUUGACUAUAAUUCGGUAGACGUAGCUCCGAAAGAAUACAAUUCUACCAAUUCGUUAUCCAACGAAGAAAUAGAUACCUCGAUGGAAACUUGUAACAGACAGAAGAAAUUCACUAGAAGAAACAGUUACACUACAAUUUAUAAAGAUUCGCUUCAUUUAAACACGUCUUCGUUGUAUUUACAAAAUUCGGCCUUUAAACCACCUUCUUUGUACGGAAUUCAAGACAACGACCAGUUGAACAGAAUGACCAACGCGGCGGAACUUUACGGAACUUGGCAACGAAGACCGUCCUGUCAUUCGAGUCAUAAAAUGCUUCAGCAGCAGAGGGACAGACUUUAUGCCAGUUCUCUCAUCAACGAACCUCGUAAUACGUCCAAUUUUAUGCCUCCUACCUUGACCAGAGACAUUUACGGCACGAUCAGGAGAUCCAAACACGAUUACGGAAGAUCGCUGUCGGUGGAUAUUCCUCAAAAUCCAAUUAUUUACGAACCCAAAAUACAAAACUAUUCGCAGCAAGAAAACGAUUCUUUUAACAUUCACGAAUGUAGAAAUAUCAAUUUGGAAAAUAAAUAUUCCGCCUACUUAAAUAAUUACGAUAAAAAUAAGAUAUCGUCGAUUAAAUCGGAUGGGAAAGUUUCACGGGAAAACCAAGCGUUGGAAAAUUCCAGUAUUAAAUUUCAAAAUAACGAACGACCGUCGGGUAAUCCGAGCGACGAUAAUAAUAAUAAUAGUAACAACGAGGAGGAUAAAUUAAAGACUGAACAGGAUUUGGAUAAUUUAAAGAAAGAGGCGUCACACACUUACCAGCCUCGAGUAGCCAGUUCGUUUCAAUCUCAGGCUAACGAUAAUAAACCGCCGACACUUUCUUUGUUGGACGCUCUCAAACUAAAGGGCUAUCGAAAUUUAAUCGCUCAGCAGAAUACGUAUAACGUAAAACCGAAUUUUAUUGCCGAAGAAAGCGGUCUGCUAGAAAAUUAUAACUACGGAUAUAAAACGACCAAUCAGUUAGAACAUUUAAUGGAAGACGAAAAGGUAAGAGAGGAAGCUCCGCCCGUUAGUCAUCCCGAUUUGCAGCCGCUGGCGGAAGCGGAUAACAAUGCCAAAGAAAAAUUAAUGCCCGUGUGCGAAACGAACGAACUUUCUAUUUGCAAAAUCGAUUCGGAUCAAGAGGAAAGCGUCAGCGAACGAAUCUGGAGGAAGAGCUUCUAUUCCAGGUUUAACGACAGUCGUAUGAAAAAAAGAAAAGCGUACAGAGAAGGCGACCCGAAAGCGCAAUCUCUCUCCGCAAGUAAUUGGAACGUAUUAAUUGAAGAAAACCUGAGAGACGACUUGGCGCGUCCCAGAAGGAGUUCGCUAACCGUAGGGAACAAUCACUGGUCUAGUCUUCCUCGUCCCACCACAAAACCUCUGGUGAAACAUCAUUCUUACGAGGGUCCGGAUCCCGUCUUACAGUUGGGCGAUCUCCUGGGAAAUUCUACCAAGCACAGGUGCCAGAAAAUGUCUAAGAGAUCUUCCUCGUUGGGUAUGGUCGAGGACGUUUCGGACGCCAAUACGUGCUCCGUCGUCCCUUACCCCAACGCCACGCAACAGCCCCAUCACAGUAUUCUACUGGACUACAACCUACCGUAUUCUGCGCCGGUCGCUUCCAAUAUUAAUAAAUUAUACGGAACGAUAAGAGCCCUUCCCACUUAUAAAGAAGACUAUUUAUCGGAAGAGAACUUUAAAACAAGAAUUAGUUCGCAGGGUAAAUUAUCGCGUAGGCGUUUCUCCGCCCUGGACGGUUACUUAUUCGCUUCGAAAUCUCCAUCGUUAUCGGAUUCUAUCGCCUCUCUCAACGACAGCGACAAGCCAGAAAACGAAGAAAUCAGCUGAAAUUUGCUCCCGUCUGGCCAAAGAACAUAAACUCUUUAAAAAUUUGUACUUUUAAACAUUAUAUUUGUAAAUAUACACGCUAAUGCACUGUACACGUGACAAACGAAACAGAAAAUUUCAUUAACUGUACCGUUCGUAUACAUAAUGCAAUAGACUUAUUGUGUUUUCAUUUAUAAAUUUUAAAAUCGAAUGUCGUUAAACGUGCGGUUUCCAAAAAUUUCAUUCUUAACUCAUUUAUAAUACCAAAGAUUGUUAAAUUAUUAGCUUAAUAUAUUUGUUGUUUAUAAAUUUAUAUACAGAGUCCAGAACUUAAGUACAAUGUUUAAAUACAAAAACGAGAAGACACUAAAUAUUGUACUUUAAGUUGGUGACAACUUUUUGAAAUUUUAUUAAAACGUUUAAUAAAAUUCACAGUUCUCGACAAUGGAACUGCAAACUGCUGUCCAAGACCUUAGACAUUUAAAUGCUACGCUUUGCGUGGCCAAGAAAAAAAUGUGGGAAGAGAGUUAUCGAAAUACAGUACAGUAUUUAUACACUUUGUCAAAGCAUCUUGGGAUAAAUUUGCAGUUCCAAUGUCGAGUCGUGUAAAUAUCUCGUA